GCUGGAGCUAGAGGGGGAGAGCGGGAGGAUCCGGCUCACACAGCCAGAGCCGGGUCCCCUCUUACCCUCCGUAUGCCAGGCUAGCCCUCCCCCCUCGCCGCUUUGGAGUGCAGCCUGUAUAUAUUUUACUGAGCGGCGCUCUCCGGAGAUGAUGCUCGGCUCUUGACGCCGCUGAACACGCGUUGCUGACUGGAAUUUGUGCUAUUUAAUCCUCUCACCCCUCCCACCUUCCUUUCUUGUUGUAUGAUGGGGAAAGAGCAGGAACUUCUGGACGCAGCUCGGAUUGGGAAUGUAGCGGUGGUGGAAAAAUUGCUAAGUGGCAAAAAAGGAUUAUUAGGAAGUGGAUCGAGCUCCAUCCCACUGUCCAGCCUGCUGAGCAUUUGGCGAGGGCCCAACGUCAACUGUACAGACACUUCUGGUUAUACAGCCUUACAUCAUGCUGCUUUGAAUGGACACAAGGAUGUUGUUCUGAAGCUCCUUCAGUAUGAAGCCUCCACCAAUGUGGCAGAUAACAAGGGUUGCUUUCCACUCCAUUUGGCUGCUUGGAAGGGCGACAUGGAUAUUGUGAAAAUUCUAAUCCACCAUGGGCCAUCCCAUUCCCGAGUGAAUGAGCAGAACAAUGAGAAUGAAACUGCGUUGCAUUGUGCAGCACAGUAUGGACACUCGGAGGUGGUCGCCGUCCUUUUGGAGGAACUGACUGAUCCCACUAUAAGGAACAACAAGUUUGAAACCCCCCUUGACUUAGCUGCACUCUAUGGCCGCUUGCAGGUGGUCAAGAUGUUAAUAAACGCGCAUCCCAAUUUGAUGAGCUGCAAUACCAAAAAGCACACUCCUUUACAUCUUGCUGCACGCAAUGGACACAAGGCUGUGGUCCAGGUUUUGUUGGAGGCCGGCAUGGAUGUGAACUGUCAGACAGAGAAGGGGAGUGCCCUGCAUGAAGCUGCUUUGUUUGGAAAGCUGGAUGUUGUCCGAAUUCUACUAGAAGCAGGAAUUGAUGCGAGUAUUAAGGACACCCAAGAAUGGACUGCGUUAGACAUUCUGAAAGAUCACCCAUCCCAGAAAUCACAACAAAUCACUGCUCUCAUACAAGAUUACAUGUCGCAAAAGAUGGACAUAAAGGGAACAGAAGAACCAGGCAAGCUAUGUCCAGUUCCAACCCCUCGGCCCUCAAUUUCAUCACCUGCUGCCUCACCUUCUCAUAAAGUCAAAGGUGAAGCACUAACUGGGGAGCUGUCAAAGCUUUUGUUGGAAAUCCGAGAGAACCAGGAUAAAGAUUUUGAUGAUCUGUGCCAAGCAGUGUCCUCGUGCUCCAUGGACAGUUUUACCAGUACAAAGGUUUCUGAUGAUGAUGUUGCCAAGUGUGAAAACCAGCCAAAACAUUCCAAGCGAGACCGUCUAUCUCCUCCAGUGGACACACACCAGAUAGAGGAGGAAGAAGGAGAGAAAAGCUGUGGACCCACGAGACUAUGGGAAGCAUUCAGUCCCUGCAAUGGCUGCCGACCUCUUGGCUUCCCAAUUUUGACACAGGAAUCAGAAACAAAGGCAGAUGACCAGACUCUGGACAUUAGGCUGUCUCCAUCCCUAGACAGUUUCCCUCCAGAAGAGGAGAACAGUCCUUAUGAAUUCCUGGCUGUCACAAAGAAACCCCGUUCACUGGAAAUAUCCAGAGUGUCUUCAGGAAUAACAGAGGUUGCCCCACAAGUAACCGUUACAGCACCAGAAGGUAAUCACCACAGGAAAAGUACAGGUCCCACCCCGGAUUGCUCACCACCGUCCCCAGAUACAGCACUGAAAAAUAUCGAGAAAGUUAUCCGACCUCAGCCUAAGCAACGAACUUCACUGAUUUCCUCGCAGGAGGUAUACAGGCCAAGUCAUGUGUACGAUCAGUCAGAGGUCAGUUCAUCUGUAGGCUAUGCCAGUGUUAAUACUACACCUCCUAUUAGCCCCGCCAACUACUCCAUCGGAUCGAUAGAAGGAAGUGACCUCAUAGAGGAGAGUCUUUGCCAACGUGAAGCCUCUGCGGAAGAGGAACUCCAUGAUGGACACAUCCCUGAGCAGUUUGCAGGUUUGCUACAUGGCUCAUCCCCAGCCUGUGAGUCUCCAGAGAACCCUUAUCAUCUGUACACAAAAGCAAAUAAGGAGUUCAGCAGUGACAAUGCCUUGAGAAUCAAAGGGACAACCCGGGAGCCAAAUUUAAUUAAAGCAAAUUCACUACAAUGCACAGAUGAAACAAAUGAGGCACAGCGGCUGCAAGCUGUCAGUGAUGCAUCAAUAUUAAACAGAGACAGCAAACCACAAGUUCUUUAUAAAACCAUUUUACACACGAAAGUGAACCAGAAUGACAGUGAUACAUUAGUCAAUUCCAGAACUUUUCGGAAUAAUGAUCGCUGGAUAAGCAGCACAGGAGAAAAGCUUGGUUUUGAGGAUAGGGCAUGCACUUUAGGAAGGGUAAGAUCAGGAGGAAAGACCCUUCUUGAGUUACAAUUAGCCAGAAACAUUUCAAAGUCAGACUCCAACCUUAUUACUUGCUCACCUAUUGAGGAAGAAUCGAGGAGCAGUCGCUGUGAGUCUGUAACAAACUAUUUUAAAGAAAGCAAGCAGUGCACCGGAAAAUGCCUGGAACGUACACCUUCUUUCACAGCUGAAUGGGAAGAGAUUGAUAAAAUCAUGAGCUCCAUAGGAGCUGGAAUCAAUACAGGCCUGAAAGGAAAGCACGAUGAUGUUUCAGGACCCAGAGUUGUAUUUCAGACUGUGGGACGGUGGCUGGAGAGCAUAGGACUUCCGCAGUAUGAAAACCACCUGCUGGCAAAUGGAUUUGACAACAUCCAGUUCAUGGGAAGCAAUGUUGUGGAAGACCAGGAUUUGUUGGAGAUUGGCAUCCUUAAUUCUUCACAUAGACAGCGAAUUUUACAAGCUGUUCGUGGCCUUCCUCGGGUUAAAGUUAUUGGUUAUGAUACAAACAGUCCAACAUCUGUUGCAGACUGGUUAGAUUCUUUAGAGCUGAACGACUAUAUCAAGACCUUUCUGGCAAAUGGUUACACAUCAAUGGACCUCGUGAAAAAGCUUUGGGAAAUCGAACUCAUUAAUGUGUUGAAAAUUAACCUUCUGGGUCACAGAAAACGAAUCUUAGCAUCACUUGGAGACAGACUUCACGACGAGCCUCCUCAGAAGCCUCCGAGGACAAUUACUUUGAGGCAGGCAGAAUGGAGUGAGCCUUCAAUCACUCUACGGCCUCCAAAUGAAGCCACGUCAUCCACGCCUGUACAGUAUUGGCAACAUCAUCCUGAAAAACUGAUCUUUCAGUCCUGUGACUAUGAAGCAUAUUAUUUAGGAUCUAUGCUGGUGAAGGAAUUGCGAGGAACAGAGUCAACGCAGGAUGCCUGCUCUAAGAUGCGGGCUUCAGAGCAAAUGAAGAAGAUUCCUACAAUUAUACUUUCAAUCUCAUACAAAGGUGUAAAGUUCAUCGAUGCUGCAAACAAGAAUAUCAUCACAGAACAUGAAAUUCGGAACAUUUCUUGCGCUGCUCAAGACCCUGAGGAUCUUUCUACUUUUGCUUACAUCACCAAAGACUUAAAGUCAAGUUACCACUACUGUCAUGUAUUCAGCGCGUUUGAUGUGAAUUUAGCCUAUGAGAUAAUUUUAACACUGGGACAAGCUUUCGAAGUGGCUUAUCAGUUGGCCCUACAAGCCAGGAAAGGUGGCCAUGGCCCUCCAACAAUGCAAGAUAGCCUUGAAAGUAAAGCUGGCAAACCCAUUCCAAAGCCGCGAGCAAGUAUCCGGAAAUCUGUGAUCGAUCAACCUCUUCUGGAACAAAAGACUCAUCCUAAUGUACCUUGGAUUGUGGAACCUGUCCAAGAAUCAAAAAGGGCGAUGAGCACUAAGUAUGAGACCACGAUAUUCUAAACGCUAUGUCUCAUUCUCCUCUGUCUGUGCCUUCGCACUCUUUUGAGCAAUCACUGCAAGCAGCACAUUUUGUCUCCUCUGGUGACCUCUGACCCAGUGGAGAGGAAAACUGCACUCGCUGAGUGACCUUUACACAAUUACUGUCAUCACUGCAUGAAGCUGCUCUUUUUCCUUGACAUUCCUCUCACUGUAGCAACAGGAAUGACACUGACACAUAACAACUGUCUUUAGACUUAUUUAAAACCAGUCCAUCAGAAGGAUUUAAGCUGAUGCAGUUUCAAGAGUUUUUUCGUGGUCUUGAUGUAACUUUGCUCUUCAAAUUUUUUUGGGUCAUUGCGAUUUAGAAGAAAUCAGUGGACUCUAACUCUCAAGCUCUCUUCUGCCCAUCUGAUAACUUGAAUGCUGCUAAAAGCUGAUAACAAGUCUAAGCAUUUUUUUUAAAAAUCCCUUUUGGACUAACACUUUUUAACAAAAAUUCUGCAAUUUAUGUAUUGCAGCCAUGGGAUGUUGUUUGGAAAAAAAAGCUAAGCUGAGAUAUUUCAAUAACUGCUUUUGUUUUGAAAUUACUGCUCUGUUUUAGUGGUUUGCUAAUGCUUUAGGCAAUUGUUGUGAAGUUCACUAUUGUUUUACUGGAAAUUUCACAACUUAUCAAUAUUCAAUCAGACGAAUACCUUCAAAGGUUCUCUCACCCUUAUUUCAAACACUGAUCUGCACUGAAAAGAAUUUUAUCAUUUUUUUUCUUUGGUAAUGUGGUACGGCAAGUGUUAGUAUGAGGAUAUUUUUAUUUAUUGUUUUUUCAGGUAAGCAGUAGUGAUUUUUAUGACAUCUUGCUCUUAAAAUGUGAAAGAAUGAAGAAUGUUUUAAAAGACAGAAACAAAUAUCAGGACUUUUACACUUGAAACCAAUGUUCAGUCUUAUUUCUAAACAGUAUUCAGAAUAGUUAUCUAAUUUUAAAACAUUUUGACAAAUGGCAAUUGAGGGGCUUAAAGGAAGUGAAAUCCCAAAUUUUAAAAACAAUUUUCUCUAUGACUUGGGGGGAUAAAGUCAUCCAUCAUUCCAAUGUAGCCUAUUGCAAAGUUAGUGAGGUCCUUUGUGCUGUAGAAGAAGGCGUUAAUUUCUGCAAACCAACAGCAUUACAUUGCAGGUGGAGGCACACUGCAUAUUCUAUACAAUGCACUGACAACGGAUACGUUAGCAAUCCAAGUAACAGUGCUGGAUGCAGAAGAGGUUGCCUUUUCAGAUUUAAAACACAAACGUAGCUAUUUCAGAAAAUAUAUUGUCUGCACGUGUGAUUGUGAGAUUUAAAUGAAACAUGGCACAAUGAAUAUAUUUUUGUUCUAUAGUACAAAACACAAAAUUUCACGAAUAGUGACUUGCUCGGCAGUGUGAUGCAUCUUCCGUUUGAGGCAAAGACUAAGAUCUGUGACUGAUUUCUUCAAAACAAUGCAGCACAUGACAUUUUUUUUUGAACUAAACCUGUGAAACCACAAUCAACUAAUUUACUACCUGAAGCGGUCAAUGUUUAUUGAAUAUGAGAAUCAUCAUGUUUCUCAAUUGUUUGCAAAAAAAAAAAUGCAGCUGCGUAUAAUACAGCUAUGCUGCACUGCCAAUUGAAACCACGUUGAGCUAGAAUUCAACUGUGAUGUGAAUAGGCAGCAUUGUAAAGAAUGGUGAUGAUAACAGUUAUUAUGGCACCAUCUAUUUGAAACAAAAUUCUAUUGUGAAUCAAUUUAAUGUUUAUUUUAGAAUCCUUAUUGAACUUGUGUAAUAAUGGUCUUAAGUUGUUUCAAUGUUACAUUAUUUUUAUAUGAUAUAGAAACUAAGCUGGGCUUACUGAUAAAGGUCACCCAAAUAUAAAUUAAGGGAUGACUAUUAGAGCUUGGAUUGUAAUUGAUAAUCAAAUGUAUAUUGUAUGGUUGGACUGAAUUUUAGUUCAAUUCAAUGUUAAUCUUUUAAUACGGUAUUAUAGUACUUGAACAAUGCGGUUUCCUUGUACAUAUUUUGCCUAUUCACUGUUGAUACAUGUAUGUAGUAACUUGGCAGUUUAAAAACAAACACUGUAAACAUGGUACCAAAAUGAAAAUGUAUGGGGAUAAAAUAGUGGCCUCGCUGCAACUAAUCAUUGUAUAUAUGCUUGGGCUUCCAGUUACAAAUUUUGUAAUAUUGUCAUUAUUUAUAUCCUGCAGAAGCACAUUAAAUAAACAGGAUGUAUAAACAUA